AUGUCCGACCACGAUGUCGCCGGCAACGAUGACUUGUCUCUGCCAAAGGCAACCGUCCAAAAGAUCGUAACAGAGAUCCUCCCGCCCUCCGUAGGCAUCGCCUUCUCAAAGGAAGCGCGCGACCUGCUCAUCGAGUGCUGCGUCGAGUUCAUCACCCUCAUCUCCUCCGAGGCCAACGAAAUCUCCGAAAAGGAAGCCAAGAAGACCAUCGCCUGCGACCACAUCACCAAGGCCCUCGAGCAGCUGGGCUUCUCAGACUACGUUCCCGCCGUACUCGAGGCGGCGGCGGAGCACAAAGAAGUCCAAAAGGGUCGCGAGAAGAAGGCAAACAAGUUCGCCAACAGCCAGCUUUCCCUCGAGGAGCUCGAGAGGAUGCAGCGGGAAGCUUUCCAGGAUGCCGCCACUAGGCAUGCUUAG